AUGACUGGCUUCUUGGACCUACCACUUGAACUCAGAAACUACGUCUACGACCUGCUCCUUUAUGAAAGCCUCGCCACAUCGUUUCGUGGGGUGAUGGUGGUCUCGGAAGCCUACGUCAAGCGUGACCUUCCCCUGAAGUCCUACCGCGGCCUCCUCCUCGUAUGUAGACAAACGUAUCGAGAAUUCAAAAUCGCAAUCCAACAUCUCGCCGCCUCAAAACAGCUGAUUUACGAACUGGACAUCACCUUCUCGCAUGGUCGGCCAUACUUUAGUCUAACCUGGCAACGAUUCGCCGCGUUAUCGACAACGAUAAACGAACUCCUCAUCAACGUAGACUUGCGCAUCCAAGAGCCCCUAGGCACAUUCAGCACCUCGAUCCCUCACGACCACGAGCUAGCGCACCUCCUGGAAGAUCUACCCGAGUCCUUUGCCGUGCAACUCUUUGACUACAUAGCCAUUCUGCUUAAAUCACUCUUCAAUCUGCUCCUCGCUGGAAACCCCUCCACUUCCGUUCUGUACACAGAAUCCAUGACGCUGAAUCUGCGGACGCCCACAAGACUCACACUGUCGGGUGGGAGCCAUCACAACCCGCAUGGCUGCUCGCGCAGGAUCCCCGUAGAUAAACUGGAGGUCGGCAAGCUGUGGGCGACGAUGCGAAAUACACUGCAGGCGACGAGUAAGGGAUUCCAGGCGUUUGAGGCAAGAAAGUGUGAAGAGUUGUUUCCGCGCAUUCAGAUUGGGUGUUUGAGGUUUGCGACUGAGGGGAGAGUGUGGGGAGAGGGCCACAAUUUGAUUUUAGCAGAGAGGGAUUUCAUGUGGUUGAGGUACUGA